AUGGCCUCGCUCCUCUUUCAGGUCCUCUUCCUCCUGGUGCCAUUUCUCGCGUCUGCCUUGCCAGCCGAGUCCGUGAGGCAGACUAGCCCUCUAACACCAGGAGAAGACCCUUUCUAUACCCCUCCAGCUGGUUGGGAGUCGACUGCUCCUGGUGCGAUUCUGCGAACCCGAACUCCACCUUCUGCGAUCGCGGCUUUUGGUCUCGCUGAGGUGAAUCUCGAUGCCUCAUACCAAAUCCUUUACCGGACGACGGACUCUUUCGGCGAUCCCAUCGCCACUGUGACGACUGUCCUCAUCCCGCACAAUGCCGACUACACCAAAGUGCUCUCUUACCAGGUCGCCCAGGAUGCAGCAGACCCCAACUGCUCUCCAUCCUUUGCGCUCCAGCAGUACUCCGACGCGGGCGAGGCCCUCGCCCUCAUCAUGCCGCAGCUCGAGUACCUGUUCAUGAGCUCAGCCUUGAACAAAGGAUUCGUCGUCAUCAUCCCGGAUCAUCUCGGCCCCAAGUCUGCGUUCCUGGCAAACACCCUCUCCGGACAGGCCGUGCUCGACAACGUCCGCGCCGCACUCGCAUCCACUGACAUCACCGGCAUCUCAUCUCAAGCAACCGUCGCUCUGUGGGGCUACUCCGGCGGCAGCCUGGCAAGCGGGUUCGCUGCAGAGCUCCAGCCCUCAUACGCGCCAGAGCUGAAGCUUGCCGGCGCUGCGCUCGGUGGGACAGUCCCUCAAAUCUUCCCGGUCAUCGAAGCCUCUAAUAAGGGUGUCUUCACCGGGCUCCUCCCAGCCGGCAUCCAGGGCCUUGCAAACGAAUACCCAGCCGCCCAGCAACUCAUCCGCGAGGGCAUCCGCCCCGAGACGUGGGCUGAGUUCAACAAAACCCAGCAGCUGUGCUUGACGGGUAACAUCCUCGAGUACAUCGGCCAGGAUGUUUACAGCUACACCAUCGCGCCGGAUGUCUUCGAAACGCCGCUCGCCAACUCGGUCAUGGAGCCCAACGCGAUGGGCCAUAACACACCCGAGAUCCCGCUUCUGAUCUACAAGGCCGUCAACGACCAGAUCAGCCCGAUCAGCGACACCGACGCACUGUACAAUACGUACUGUGGCAAUGGGGCGGACGUGGAAUAUGUUCGGGAUCUGCUGUCGGAACAUGCGCUGUUGACGAUUACUGGGGCUCCAGAUGCGUUCAUGUGGCUAACCGAUCGAUUGAAUGGCGCUCCUGUCAGGAAGGGAUGUACGCGCAAGACGCAGCUUACGGGACUGCAGGAUCCGAGGGCCCUGGCGGCUCUGGGGACCAACAUCGUUCAGUUCUUGUUAGGGCUUUUGAGGCUGCCUGUCGGGCCCAUCGGACGGUGA